GUGUAGUGACGUAUGGAACUAGUAAACAUAUAUCAGAUUAAGGAGCAAGUACUCCGGUGCAUAAGGUAGGUACGAACAAAAGAAUAAGUAAUGUAUUUUUUCGAUUUUUAAAUAUAAUUCCUCUUGAUUUCUUCUAACCUUCCUACUACAUCUUCAAAAACAAAAAAAACCCCCCAAAAUCGUCUCUUUUCUUUCAAAUUCUAUUCGCAACUCAACACGAAAAGAUGGUUGGUACAAAUGAACUUCGAGCUGAGAAUCUCUUCUCUAUGAAGAAUGAUGUUUGCGUCAUCACAGGAGGUGGAACUGGUAUUGGAUUAAUGGCAGCCCAAACAUUAGCUGCAAAUGGAGCAAAAGUAUACAUCACAGGUCGUCGAAUGGAAGCUCUAGAAAAUGCAGCCAAGCAACACUCUCCCACGUCAGGAGGUUCUAUUAUCCCAAUUGGACCCUGUGACGUGACCAGCAAGAAAGAUCUCGAAAACCUCGUUUCCGAAAUCAGCAAGAAGGAGAAAUACAUCAGUCUCCUGCUCGCAGGGGCGGGGAUUUCGGGGCCCAAAGCCGAGCCCAAUUCCUCGGACGCCGUCGAGCUGAAGGAUAAACUGUUCAAUUCGGAAAGUUUCGAGGAAUGGGGCACCACGUUCAACACGAACGUUUCGGCUGUCUAUUUCACCACGGUGUGUUUUCUGCCGCUGCUGCAGGCGGCUCACAAGUUCCAUGGGCGCAUGUCGAGCUCUGUUAUUGUGAUUAGUAGUAUGAGUGGCAUUAUGAGACAUGCGCAGGGACAUUUCUCGUAUAAUGCCGCGAAGGGCGCGACGGUGCAUUUGAGUAAGCUGAUGAGUUAUGAGUUUAAGGAGAUUGGAGUUAGGGUGAAUAGUAUUGCGCCCGGAUACUUUCCGAGUGAGAUGACGACGGGGGAGAGUGAUGAGACGCAGAAGAGUUAUUUGGAUGAGGAGAAGGUGCAGCAGAAGGGUCAUGUGCCUAUGCAGAGGGGUGGAAGUGACGAGGAAAUGGCAAUGGCUGUGUUGUUUUUAUCGAAGAAUAACUAUGUUAAUGGAGAGAUUAUUGCGGUUGAUGGUGGUGUUCUUUUGGAUGUUCCGGGAAGGUAAUUCAUGAGAUGAGAUGAAGUAAGAUUGAGGGAGAGAGACAUUCACAUCGUACCUAGAAGUCGAUGAGACAGAGAUAGAUAGACGUAAUCAGGAGAACAUAAAUAAGCUUUUAACGGCA